AUGUAUGAAUAAUAUUGGAUUUAAUCAAAAAGUGACAAUCAAUACAUCACUUAAGUUGGUCUCAAAUACAAUGCCAUUCAUUGCAUUACACGUCGGCGCCGGUCAAUACGGGAGUUGUAGCCGACGGGAACUAUAUCUGAAAGCUUGUCGGAUGGCAUGUCUUGAGGCAAUAAAACGUCUGAACGACAAGUGUUCGGCCAUAGAUGGUGUGGUAGAAGCUAUCUCUUCGCUCGAAGAUAACGACGUAACAAAUGCUGGUUUGGGAUCUAAUCUUAAUUUGAACGGUUGUGUUGAAUGUGAUGCGAGUCUAAUGGAUGGMCAUAGACUCAAUUGGGCGGCAGUCGGUGCUCUACAAGGCAUCAAAAAUCCAAUAAAAGUGGCCGAAUGUGUAUUAAAUGGCCAAAACAAGCGACAGCCGUGCGGUUUGAUUGCACCCAAUUUUCUGGUCGGUGACGGCGCCCGAGAUUACGCUCUAAAUAAUGGUUGCGUGACAUCGGAUCUAACGACUGAAAAAUCUAAGAAUUUGUAUAACAAAUACAAACGACAACUCGAAUCGGAAACUGUGGACAAUAAUAGUUUGAUUAAUACCAAACAUAGACGUCURGACACUGUCGGUGCCAUUUGUGUGGACUGGGAGGGCAAUGUUGCUGCCGGUGCUUCCAGUGGUGGCAUUCAUCUCAAGUCAUCGGGAAGAAUAGGUCAGGCAGCAAUGAUGGGAUGUGGUGUUUGGGCGCAAAACAAUAUUGCUGUCACUACUACCGGUGCCGGAGAGUACUUAACGAAAACAAUGUUUGCCAGAGAGUGUGCCAAUCAAUUACUCGGCAAUUGUGACCAAAAUAAUAUGUUAGCUCUGAAUAAAGCAUUCAYUAAUGGAUUCAUUGAAUCUCCAUUCCUUCAAAACAUUGACAAAGUUGACCGAUUGGCCGGUGUUUUAGSUCUAAGUCAUGAUCGGGAGUCCAAUAAAACCGAGUUGUUAUGGGGUCACAGCACACACUCCAUGUGUGUCGGGUAUAUGUCUACAACYGAUGUUAAGCCCAAAGCUUAUGUCUCACAAUUGCCGACCGACUCUCAGCCGGGAAUUAAUUUUAUCGUUGAAGGCAUUAAUAUCUAAUACAAGUAUAUAUCAC